AUGGAGCGCUGGCCUUGGCCGUCGGGCGGCGCCUGGCUGCUCGUUGCGGCCCGAGCGCUGCUGCAGCUGCUGCGCGCAGACCUACGUUUGGGCAGCCCGUUGCUGGCGGCACUGGCGCUGCUGGCCGCGCUCGACUGGCUGUGCCAGCGCCUGUUGCCCCCACUGGCCGCACUCGCCGUUCUGGCUGCCACCGGCUGGAUCACGUUGUCCCGCCUGGCGCGCCCGCCGCGCCUGCCCGUGGCCACUCGCGCGGUGCUCAUCACCGGCUGUGACACUGGUUUUGGCAACGAGGCAGUCAAGAAACUGGAUGCCAUGGGUUUCAUGGUGCUGGCCACUGUGUUGGACCUGAAUAGCCCCGGUGCCCUAGAGUUGCGUGCCUGCUGUUCCCCUCGCCUAAAGCUGCUGCAGAUGAACCUCAUGAAGCCAGAGGACAUCAGCCGUGUGCUGGAGUUCACCAAGGCCCACACCAUGAGCACUGGGCUGUGGGGCCUGGUCAACAAUGCAGGCUUAAAUGACAUAGUGGCUGAUGUGGAGCUGUCUCCAGUGGCCACAUUCCGCAACUGCAUGGAGGUGAACUUCUUUGGUGCACUUGAGCUGACCAAGGGCCUUCUGCCACUCCUGCGCCGCUCAAGGGGUCGCAUCGUGACAGUGGGCAGUCCAGCAGGAGACAUGCCAUAUCCAUGCUUGGCAGCCUACGGAACCUCCAAGGCAGCCAUAGUGCUACUCAUGGACUUAUUUGGCUCUGAACUUGUUCCCUGGGGGAUCAAGGUCAGCGUCAUCCAGCCUGGUUGCUUCAAGACAGAGUCAGUUACAAAUGUGAACAUUUGGGAACAACGCAAACAACUACUGUUGGCCAACCUGCCCCGAGAGCUGCUGCAGGCCUAUGGCGAAGACUACAUUGAGCACUCCCACAGGCAAUUCUUGAAUUCACUCCGCAAGGCGCUACCUGACCUCAGCCCAGUUACAGAUGCCAUCACUGAUGCGCUGCUGGCAGCUCAGCCUCGCCGCCGCUAUUACCCAGGCCGUGGUGUGGGGCUCAUGUAUUUCAUCCACUACUACCUGCCAGAGAGCCUGCGACGCCGCUUCCUGCAGACCUUCUUCAUUAGUCCCUGUCUGCCCCGAGCACUGCGGCCUGGCCAGCCUGGCCUUACUCUUUCCCAGGAUGCAACUGAGGAGACCCAAACCUAAACCCAGGCCCUUCCCCAGAGGUGGCUUGGUGAGCCAUGCGCAUACAUGACCUAGUUGCUCUAGCACAGGUCACUCUAUGAGCCUUUGGCUCUCCCCUGGUCAUUCUGAGCCCCCAACUCUACCCCAGAGCCUAGCCUGACAAACUUCAGCCUCCCACUCCCAAUGCCCAGUCUAGGCCCAGGAGGCUGAUGAUUUCCAGGGAGCUCUGGGUUUCUACUGCUUCAUGAGCCCACACAGACCCUCUUGAGCACAACACUCUACCCUGCAGGUUGGAAAAUCCAUCUGGAUGGGGAGUUUUGUGCAGGAUUUAGCGGCAGGCUUUGUCAGGACUCUGUAGACAGCGUCUCUGCAAACUUAAGGAGUGACUGGGUGGGCCGGGGACCCCCUCAGGAUUGUUUCUCAGCACCAAUGUCUCAGUGCUACAAUUCCAGGGUAAAUUCCAACUGCCUCUUGACUGGCUCAAGACUUAGGACCCCAACUUCCCACUUUCAACCCACAGGGAAGCUGCAUACCCUACUUGCCUGAUUGCUACUUUUUAAAUAAAGAUAAAUUUUUAUUUCUCCUAGAA